AUGAAAAUUAACGAGAAAACCUUGUUUACAUUUGCAAACUCAAAACCUGUGGAUAAAGAAGGAUAUCUGAUGAAAAGAGGCGAAGUGAACAAAGCAUUUCAACGACGAUGGUUUGUUCUGAAAGGAAAUUUACUGUUCUACUUUGAGAAAAAGGGCGGAGAAUUAUUAGGGAUGAUAAUAUUGGAAGGCUGUGUCAUUGAGUUAUCAGAAACUGAAACGGAAAAGUAUUGCUUCAACAUUAACUUCAUCGGAAAUCGCUCAUAUGUUUUAUCAGCUGAAGAUCAAGAUUCGUUAGAAAGUUGGAUGAGAGCAUUGACCUGUUCUGGAUUUGAUUAUAUGAGAUUAAUGGUUUCAGAACUUCAGCGACAAUUAGAAGAAUUAGACAAACAAUCAAUGGCAUCAUCAUCAUCCGACUCAGAUAGAUCAAUUCCAGUUGUGCCACCUCGUCGACAAAAUCCUUUCAACAAAGCUGGGAACGAAAAUUUAGCCAAUAAUAUUCAACAAGUAGUACCAGAAAAUUUUAUGGUUUUACGAGAAGCUCCACCACCACCAGUAAAUAGACGCAAUUUCGAUUCAACCUCUAUUAAUAUCAUUAAAAAUGAUAAUGAAUUUUUAAUGUUUGAACCGGAGAAAGAUGAUUUCACCUUUGAGAAGUUGCAUGAAGAGUUUGGACGAUCAAUUUUAUUGGAACUAAGUGAACGAAGACAAUUAAAAGAAAGUUUAGAGAAGCCUCUCAUUCUUUUCUAAUUAACGAAAACAUUAUUUAUGUAUAAUUCACUCAAAAUACAUAGAAUCAUUAU